GUUCCCCGCGCUUUCGGACACGAAGUUUGGUUGGGACGCCAUUACUGGCAUCAUUUUUUGUCCGUUGAAAAAGAAUGACCAAAAUCGGAUAUUAUUCUUCAUUUGUAAUAGUGUGGAAACUGAUUUUUUUAUCGUGUAGUGUACUAAGACAAUCCGCUUAGAUUCUAUUUGAAGAUUAUGCUAUGUUUAUCGCGUAAACCGGCUAAGAAAACUUGACACGAACAUGGCGGGACGUCUGGUGGUGCUGGACCGCGCGGGGCGCGCCAAGAGCAAGAGCUUCGUGCUGGGCUCGGGCAUGUGCACGCUGGGCCGCAGCGCCGCCUGCGACAUACGAGUGCUGCUGCCGGAGGUCAGCCCGCAUCAUGCCACCGUCACAGUGCACGCUAAUCAGACUGUGGUGCGGAAUGUUGGAUCGGGAACUACAGAAGUGAAUGGCGCACCAGUGAGUGUGUGCGCUCUACAACACGGAGAUGAACUGGACAUAUGUGGCCGCAAACUGCGCUGGGAGUACGACACGCCUCAAGCACCGAAACGGAACAAGACACAGCCAGCCUUGGCGCUGCCGACGGCACCUUCCCGCGGGAACCGCCGCGGCACGAUGGCGGCGCCUCCGCGAGCGCCCGACCGCGACGUACAGUUGGCUCUUGAACUGCGACAUCGCGCCUCCAUGCCUGCAAGUUCGGGUGCGGGUGGAAAGCAAGUGGCAAUUGUUCAACCUCAGAGAAGAAAUACUGAUAACCAGAGUGAGUCGAGCAGCCCCCGGCUGGUGGUGGCCCCGCACCGGCCGGAGCCCGCGCCGCGCAAGGCCGCCAGCGCUCGCCUACACACGCCUACUAAGGCGAGCCUGUGGAUCGAGUCCCGCCGCGGGCGCGCGCGCGCCGGCUCGCUGCGCACGGCGACGCCGCUGCGGCUCGCCGUGCUGCGGAAAGCGCUCACUCCAGCUCCGAGACCGACUAAAGUUCGCGUUACGAAGAUACAGGCGCCGCUGCGUAUUGAUCACACAAAACAAGCGGCGAUAAUGCUAAUGACGGGCCACACGCCGAAGUCCAAACUCCCCGGCCCCGAGACCCCGACCUUCGUGGCCAAGAAGCGGAGCCCCGCCACCAGGACGCCUAAAGGCCGGAGCGCCCUGAAUGCUAGCGGCAAGUCUACGAGGUCCACUCCGCAGCCGUUAGUGACAGAGACGCCGGGGAAGUCCACCAGGAAGAGUAAUAAGAGGAACUCGGGGAAACAGUCGGUAUCGGUCCUAGAAAUCACGGACUCGGAAACAUCAUCCCGCCGCUCACCCGCCCUGCCUCACCCACCAAAAUCCGCUCUCAAGUCUGGUCGCUCCCGCAAGACAGAAUCUAUCAAAUUCGACCUGAGCAAUCUCGAGAAUCACUCUGAAGACGACGAUAUACUCAUGGUAUCGAGUACUACAAGAGAUGCUACUGAGGAUGUAACUUUACGGUACUCCAGUUCGCCUCCGUCGCCAUCUCCGCGCCGCUCCAUACAUUCCCGGAGCGAGCGGAUGCUAGAAAGCCUGGGUUCCCCGCUCAGGUCGCCGGCGAGAACGAGAACGUCCGCUCCCGCCUCGCCCGCGUCUCCCCGCUCUUUAAAAUCAGCCCGAGGCUCUAUAAUCGUCCAAAAAGCUCUGGAAAGCUCGGACACGUUUGUCACAGAGUACAGCAACAAAACGGGAUCGCCGCGCCGUCGCGAUCUAGAAGCCUACUCCGUCGUCGAUCUAGUAUCUCUAGACUCGGACACGUCGCGCUCCGUGUACGGUUCAGCUGGAUCCCCUUCGCGUUCAGGAUUCGGGGCGAGUACCCCGCUGGUUACACGUACGGCGCCCAUGGAUGGAACGAUGACGACUCCAGAGAAUGCGCCGCGAGCGCCUUCACAGAGCACCAGGAGAUCCCGCGGCGCUCGCAGCCGCUCAAGACUUGACGAUAGCACGAGGACGAUAGAUUCCAUAGAGGAUGACUCCCCUAAAUCUUCAAGGAAACUAGUUAAAUCGGCCUCGAAGCGCUCCCGUAGCCUUAACGACAGCUACCCUGAAUCUCCUCAGACCUACAUCUCACUUGAUUCAUCUCACAAAUCUCUAGGCAAUCUGUCGACUACGGCGAAACGUGGAUCUCGCAGUCAACUCAACACUAGCGAUCAUCUUCUCGAGUCUCCAAACAACAUUUCCAUUGAAUCUAUGAAAAAGUCACUGAGUAGAGUGCUCUCCGCUUCAAAACGGAGCCCUCGCACUCGGGACAACACGUUAGAGGAAUCUCCAAAAGGAAUUUCGCCGAGAAAAUCACUAGCGCAAUCACCUACGAAGCGUAGUUCUCGAGGCAAUGUCACUGUCACACUAGGAUCACCAAAAGACAAUAUUUCUAUUGGAUCUUUGAAAGAAUCGCUGGGUAAGAAACUUUCUGCUUCACACUCCCGCAGUCGUUUGGACGAUAGUUCUGUACUUGAAUCUCCGGAAGUUACGGCUCACUCGACAAGGAAAUCUCUUGGUAAUACACUUUCUGACUCUAAACGCGGCUCGCGUAGCCAAAUUGACAAUAUCACAUUUGAGUCUUCAGUUGUUUCUGCUAAAUCCUCAAGAAAAACUUCAGGAAAGUCACCUGUGGCAUCUCCAGAAAAUGUCUCAGUUAACUCUACAAGAAAAUCUGCAGGGAAUUCACCUUCUCCUACGAAACGCAGCUCUCGAAGUCAACAUGAAUCUAUUACUCCUUUGAAAUCUCCAAAGGCUAAUGUUUCAAAUGCAUCAAGAAAGUCUGCAGGAAAAACUCCCUCUCUGUCGGAUUCAACCAGGAAAUCAUUAGGAAAGACACUGUCUGUUUCAAAACGUGGAUCUCGGAGUCAACUCGUCGAAACUAUCCUCAGCUCUCCAGAAACUGAAACUUUGGCCGAUUCGACGCGAAAAUCUCUAGCCAAAACACCAAAACGUGGGUCUCGCAGUUACGUCGAAAGUAUUCUCAGUUCUCCUGACGGUACGAAUAAUUCUACUAGAAAGUCAGGAAAGUCCCAUUCUGCUUCAAAACGAGGAUCUCGUAGCAAAAUCAUCGAUAGUGUGUUAUCUCCACAACUUGAUGUCUUAGCUGACUCUACAAGAAAAUCUUUAGGCAAAACAUUGUCGGCUUCUAAACGUGGUUCACGAAGCCAAGUUAUUGUCAGCGUAUCUCCGAAUCUUGAUGGUCUAUCUGAUUCAAAACGCGCUUCACGCCAAGCUGAUAGUCUAUUUAAUUCUCCUAACGUUUUGGCAGAUUCUACAAGAAAAUCUUUGGGUAAAACUCCUAAACGUGGCUUUCGAAGCCAACUGGAUAGUAGUGUCACAUUAGAAUCUCCAAAAGACUCAAGAAAAUCUCCAAAAGUGAAUAACUCUACAAGAAAGUCUGCAGGAAAGACGCUCUCUAUUUCAACUCGUAACUCUCGCAGUAAAAUUAUCGAUAGCGUCCUAUCUCCUCAACUUGACGUUUUAUCAGAUUCUACUAGAAAAUCACUAGGAAAGAGUCUUUCUACUACAAAACGGGGCUCUAGAAGCCAACUUGUUGAGAUUGUCAGUCCCAGAGAUUUUUCCACAAGGAAAUCUGCAGGGAAAUCACCCUCCCCUUCAAAACGCAGCCAACUAAAUGAUAGUGUUCCCACUGAAUCUCCUAAAAACACAUCAACAAAGUCUAGAGUUGAACCACUAUCGACAUCAAGUCGUAGGACAAGAAGUCUUCCUAGCGAGUCUCCUAAAGAUGCCAAGAGAUCGCGUGUCAGUGCUGUUUCUACCUCGAAGCGUAGCAUUCGUGAAGUUGACCAGAGUCCCGUCGUGUCCCCUAGAGGAAACGCUUCGCCUCAAUCGAGGAAAUCAGCGAAAUCCCCAUCUAAUACACCGCUGGCGUCUCGCAAAGUCGCUUCGCCGAGUAAAUCUCUAAAAUCACCCGCAAAGUCGCCUGCGAUAUCGCCUAAAGUUUCUAAAGCGAGAACUUCGAGAAAAACACUUACUGUAUCUAUCACCAACGCUCCCAAUGAGACUGUGACAGAUGGAGAAGUGACUCCAGAAGAACGGGGAAGCCCCCAGGAUGCCGGCACACCCAUACUUAGCAUUCGAAGCCUUUUGGACGCUACUGUAUCUGAUUCUCCUGGCGAACCUCCCCGCAAACGAGGAAGAAUUUCUGCGGUUGAAAAGAGGAAAACAUUUGCUGCUCGGAACGCACCUAGAAAUGCUCGUGGCUCUAUUCGAUCCAAAUCUUUGAUCUUAGUUCGGGGUACAGGUGAUGUUACGCCUACAGGAGUUGCCGAACCGACCCCAGAGGCGGUUAAAGGCAAACAUUCAUCGGCAAAGAAGAGCCGAUCCCGCCGCUCCAUUAUUGAUAACCUGGACGACUCCGGUUUAGUAAAACAUUUGUUUAAUAGUCCGGUGAAACGGAAACUAUCGCAGAGCAUGAGCGAAUUCUCACGCCGCCUCGAAGAACACGAGGAAACCAGCCCUGAUGUUAGCGGCGUCAAGCGACUAUUCACCAAGAAAUCACCCAGGAAUGAACUCAAAGACUUUAACGGCGUGAGACGUCUAAUGCGUACGCCUCGCGCGCGACGUUCUAUAAAGAACGACUUAACCGACGUGGCCGGGGUGAAGGUUAUGUUCGCGGCCGCACCUCGUGAUAGCUUCGGAGACGUCCGCGGGAUCAAGCGGGCCUUCCAAGCUUCACCCAAAGACGAUUUACGUCAAGUUUCCGGCGUAAAGAGCUUGUUCAACAAGAAAAAACCGCGCGACGAUCUGUCGGACGUACGUGGAGUGCGGGAGCUGUUCCAACGCGGCCCCAGGAACGAGCUCAACACGUCAGGAGUAAAGGAUGCUUUACAAGUGAAGAGUCCUAAGAAUGAUCUUCGAGACGUGCGCGGGGUGAAGAAGCUUUUCAGACAAUCGAAGUCACAGACGUCUCCAAACGUGAGCGGGGUGGCUAGGUUGCUAGAUGAGCCGGCGCCGGCGGAGGUCAUGUUCGAUCAAUUAGUAGGCAAGCCGCCCGUGCGAGCGACGUAUUCCAAGACAUUCAUAGCCCGUUCGGCUCAAAAACCGGCCAAACGCCGCCGGACUACGUCCCUAAGCGUAGACGUAAUCGUGAACGACGUCGAAGGAUGGCUAGAGAAGGAGUUACAAAAACGUGUGGGCAAACCUGUCAACCGUGAACUACAAAAACUAGCAACAGCCACGGUCGCGGGCGGGACGCCCAUACUUUCCUCUCGCUCUCGCAACAGCGUCGCCCCGAGGCGCUCUGCGGCGGAGAACUACGCGGAGCACACACUGCCCAUUAAGAAACGCUCGCUAGAGAAAGCUCCAGAACCGCGUUCGGCUAAGAAGAAGUCGCUACCGUUAAAGAAGCGCGCGUUGGUUCAUUCUACGCCGGUAAAGGGACGAGCUUCGCGCGCUGCGGAUGCCACGCUGGCGCGCAUGUCGCCCAUCGCAGUGGAGCCCGCCUUAACCAGUAUUCAAGAACCUGCUGCGUCUGUAACUGUAGAACAAUCUAAGGAAGUUCCAGGGCCUAAAUCUGUAGCUAAGCCAGCGACACCAAAGAAGUCACCGACGCCUAAAAAGGCAACAAGAGGGAAAAAGGUCUUGACACCGACCAAAGUUUCACCCAAGAAAGCAACAAGAGCGAAAAAGGUCUUGACACCGACCAAGGUUACACCCAAGAAAGCAACAAGAGCGAAAAAGGUCUUGACACCGACCAAGGUUACACCCAAGAAAGCAACAAGAGCGAAAAAGGUCUUGACACCGACCAAGGUUACACCCAAGAAAGCAACAAGAGCGAAAAAGGUCUUGACACCGACCAAGGUCACACCCAAGAAAGCAACAAGAGCGAAAAAGGUCUUGACACCUAAAAAGGUAACGCCCAAAAAAGCAACAAGAGGUAAAAAGGUUGCUACACCUACAGCUUCACCUGAAAAGGCGCCAACACCUAAAAAAGCGACCAGAGCUAAGAAGGUUCUCACACCUGCAAAAAUUUCUCCUAAAAAGUCACCGACGCCUAAAAAAUCGACAAGAGCUAAAAAAGUUUCCACUCCGAAGGCCGCAUCUCCUAAAAAACCACCCACACCUAAGGCAACAAGAUCGAAAAAGGUCGUAAACGCCGCUACUCCUAAGAAAACUGCUGCAAAGAACCCUACUGUAGUUGUUAAAAAACCACGAGUUGUCGUCGCUGCUAGCCCGAAACCGACUAGAGGCGCUAAAAAGUCCGCAACAAUAAGUCCGCUUCCCAAAUCUCCUGUGACUAAACAGUCGAGAUCAAAGAAAGUAGCGCCGAGCCCCGCUCCAGUCGUGGAGAAACGUAGUCGCAAGCAAGCGGCCGCGGCGUCACCGGCUAAAAAGAAGGCUGUACGAGUUAGCCUAGUCCUGCCGAAACCAUCACCAGUCUUGAAACCUCAGCCCGCCGCUAGACCUAAGAGAUCUAAGAUCGAACCUAAACAAUCACCGAAGAAAGCGCCAACGAGAGCCAAGAACCCUGCAGCCGGCGAUGCCCCCGCCGCUCGAGGACGCAAGGCCGCUGUAUCACCUCAAAAAGGUAAAGGUAAAGCGUCGCCGAAAAAAGCUACUCCGCAGAAAGCAAAAGCCACACCAGAGCCAAAGAAGAGGGCGGGAAAGACUACUAAAUCCCCAGUGCCUAAAGGAAAGACUGGAGUUCCCGCUACGCCAGAGCCAAGGAGAAAGGGACGCAAAGCCCCGGUUACUCCGGAAGCUAAGAAAAAGUCUAUCAAAUCAACCCCAGAGCCUAUGAAAGCUCGUAGAGCAGCUGCGAGCCCGAAAGCGACCCCUGAGCCUAGGAAGAAGGGCGCUAAAGCUGUAGCGAGUCCGGAACCCAAGAAAGGACGUAAAACCGCAGCGAAACAGCAAGUAGAAGAGCCUGUGCCUAAACGAGGACGCAAAACUGUUGUUGAAGUUGUAAAGAGCCCGCCCGCGCCCGCGCCGCGCAGAGCCGCCAGGAAGGCUGACCCAGCCCCGAAGGAAACUGCCAAACCUAAAGGAAAGAAGGUAACAAUAGUGGAGCCCGUGGAGAGUCCCCCACGAGGCCGCAAGAGGAAAAACGAUUCGUCAGUGGACAAGAAAAAAGAGCCCUCGCCUAAAAAGCCUCGCGCCUCCCGUGCCGCCACUGCUCUUUAA